GCCAUGGCGCCUCGGUGGGGGAUUUGGUGGCGUUGCUUGUACGCGGAUGGAGGGAGCAGCUGCUGAUCUCUGACACAUCCCCCCCCCCCCCCCCUCAGCCCUGCCAUAUUGUACCGGGACACGUUUCAUGCCGAGAAAUAAGGUUGCAUGGGUCCGGUUACGGGAAUGACUCCAGACAAAAACGUAGAAACCCCCGGAGCAGAGAAAGUAGCAGGAUUAAGCCAGCUUGACACCAUGGGUAGUCUACCAGAAGAGGUUGGGGCAGACAGACCCAAGGCCUCGGCAGUGGAUUGCGGCCCUGCAGACGAAGAACUGACUAACUUGAACUGGCUUCACGAGAGCACAAACUUACUGAACAACUUCAGCCUUGGGAGCGAGGGUCUGGUAUCCAAUAACCCGCUAUAUGACAUUGAAGGUGACUGUUCCCCAACCGGUUGUCGAAACCCAGAGAAAUCCUCUGCCUCCUCCAAACCUCCAUAUUCAUUCAGCCUCUUAAUUUAUAUGGCUAUUGAGCACUCCCCCAACAAAUGCCUGCCAGUGAAAGAGAUCUACAGCUGGAUCCUCGACAGGUUUCCGUAUUUCGCCACUGCCCCAACUGGCUGGAAGAACUCGGUCAGACACAACCUGUCACUAAAUAAAUGCUUUCGGAAAGUGGAACGCAGCCAUGGUAAAGUAAAUGGAAAGGGCUCUUUAUGGUGUGUUGAUCCAGAGUAUAAGCCGAACCUUGUACAAGCCCUGAAGAAGCAGCCGUUUUCUGCAGCACUUGCAUUGUACACCCCUCCUGCCUCCCCAACCAGUGCGUCACCUCUUUGCUUGUCAUCUGCAUUGAAACAAACUCAAGGGCACUCAGUGAAAGAUUCUGAUAUUGAUGCCGCCACUGCGAUGAUGCUCUUAAACAGCUCCAUCAAGCAUGAAGCACUGGAUUACCAGAAUCCUCAACCUCUCAAGGUAGUGUUACCUAAGAAACGCAAUUACACCAGCGCAUUCAAGCAUUGUACUUCUCUGACUCUACAAGAAAACGAUUCCGCCGUCAUCAACAUCGAUCCAAAGGAGGAUCACAACUACAGCGCGAGCGGCACCGACUCUCAGCGAUGCGAAUCCCGAUCCAGCGUGUCUUCCUUGUCAUCGGUGGAUGAAGUCUAUGAGUUCAUCCCAAAGAACAGUCGAGCAGGAAGCGACGGCAGCGAAGGGUUUCACAGUGAGGACGAGACCGAUAUUGACUAUGAAGAAGAUGCACUUGGGGAUAGUGGCUAUGCUUCCCAACCCUGCGUGAAUUCCUCCGGCAAAGAUUUGCACGGCAAGAAGCUCCGAAAAGAAGCAUGCCAAGAUAUUGACGACGAGCUCAAAGAGGCGGCCGGCUCACUGCUCCAUCUGGCCGGGAUUCGCACUUGUCUGGAUUCCCUUUUAAAAACUGCAAAAGCCCAGUCUCAGAAGCAUAGAAAAUAGUGAUCCUGCCAGUCUCACAAAUUCCUUUUGCUUUUCCCCCAUUUUUUUUUUUUUUUUCCUGCCUUCAUCCACUCAGUGUGGCAAUUUUGUUCAGAUUUUAUUUGUUCUUUAGGAGAUCAAAGCCAUAAAAGA